GCUAUUUUAGCCUAUUUUGUCUUUUUGUGAUUUUUAGCCUAAACUAGGCUAUUUUUUUUCUUCCCAAACACCCCCUAAGUGAUACUAAUAGUGAACAAUUUUGAUAUGUUAUUGCGGAUGGUGUAUGGUGAGGUGGUUGGGGAAUAGCUUUUCAGGAAAAUGGUAGACACUGAGAUGGCACUGGAUCAUUGGAAGUAAAGGAAGUGAGAGCCCAGACAACCUUAGAUUAGAGAAAGAGUAUGUCAAUGAAUAUCUUGCUCUUGCUGGAGAAACUGAAGGAUGGUUUAGAAUGUCUCAACGUAUGCAUGGAGAUCCUAAUGCAGGGGAAUUGAACCAUGAUGGACAUCUCAGUCAUGGGCAGGUGGCUCAACCCUUCUAUGUUUGGCAAUCUGGAGCUCUGACUGUCUGAUCUUCAUGAAUUCAAGAAGCACCAUUGCAUCCACCGUUUCCUGUGAAGCGGGAAACAAGAACAACUUCCUUUUCUGGAUUUUGGUUUGCUUAUUUCCAAGGUUUCUUGGAACUCCUAUUAUUUACGUGAAUUUCCUGUUGUUCAAGGCCGUUGUCAGGUGUCCUUCAUCAGUUUGUAUCCUGGAGCUUUUAGGGUAUAUUCAUCCAUAGAAGUGGCAAUUUUAACAUCCAUUUGCUGUUCUCCCAUCUCAUUUGACAUUUAACAUGGUCUCCUCUCAGUUCUCAAAUUUUAAGGGGAGUGCCAUGCGAGAGCCGUUCCAGAACCAGGUGCUUCUUCCAAUGGGACCCCCUGACAUUCUUUCAACGGAUCAGCUUGAGUUAGAAUUUUCUGAUAUAUUUGGUCCUACACCAGGUCAAGUACCUGUAGAUUUCAGCAGUGAAAAAUCCAGAAAUUUGGUUGCUCCAACUGAUAUAGAUGAAUUCAUCUAUGAUGAUCCAGCAGUAAUUUACAGCCUCUCCCAUUCUCUGGUGGGCCCCACAACUUUUGUUAGUCAAUCAGUGAAGCUUAGCAAGCUUACCUUACGUGAGACAGAGGAUUCACUGGAACUAGUGGAGGCAGACAGCGGAGAGGAACUAGAAAAACUUCUGGAUGUAUCUCUUGAUAGUCCCGCUUUGGGGAUAUCUAUUGGUCACGUUGAUUAUAAUCUUCCCAAGAAUAAGAGUGUAGGAUUAGAAGAUUUUGAAAUUUUGAAGGUUGUUGGUCAAGGAGCAUUUGGAAGAGUGUAUCAGGUGAGAAAGCGCGGUUCUUCGGAAAUAUUUGCAAUGAAGGUUAUGCGCAAGGAUAAGAUCAUGGAGAAAAAUCAUGCUGAAUAUAUGAAAACUGAGAGGGAUAUAUUAACAAAAGUUGAUCACCCCUUCAUUGUGCAGCUCAGAUUCUCAUUCCAGACCAAAUAUAGAUUGUACCUCGUGCUUGACUUUGUUAAUGGGGGUCACCUUUUCUUUCAACUUUAUCACCAAGGUUUAUUCAGAGAGGAUUUGGCACGUCUAUAUGCUGCUGAGAUUGUUUCUGCUGUUUCUCAUCUCCAUGCAAAUGGUGUAAUGCACAGAGAUCUUAAACCUGAAAAUAUUCUUUUGGAUGCAGAUGGGCAUGUAAUGUUGACUGAUUUUGGACUGGCAAAGCGAUUCAACGAGAAUACAAGGUCGAACUCUAUGUGUGGAACACUAGAAUACAUGGCACCUGAAAUUAUUCUUGGGAAAGGCCAUGAUAAGGCUGCAGACUGGUGGAGUGUGGGAAUUCUCCUGUUUGAGAUGCUUACUGGGAAGCCACCUUUCACGGGUGGAAAUCGACAGAAGAUCCAGCAGAAAAUAAUAAAGGAUAAGAUGAAGCUACCAGCAUUUUUGUCUAGUGAGGCACACUCAUUGUUGAGAGGGCUGCUGCAGAAAGAAACAAGUAAGCGUAUUGGCAGCGGACCGGGUGGCAGUGAAGAGAUAAAAAGCCACAAGUGGUUCAAGUCAAUCAACUGGAAGAAAUUGGAUGCUCGGCAGAUUCAGCCAAGCUUUCUCCCAGAAGUUGCUGGAAAGCACUGCGUUGCCAAUUUCGAGGAGCGUUGGACCAAAAUGCCAGUAUUGGAUUCUCCUGCUGCUAGUCCAAAAAGUAGUGACAAUCCCUUCAAAGGGUUCACUUAUGCGAGACCGGCAUCUCCUUUACUCCACAGGAAUGAUUCAUUCUGUUAAAUUAUGUGUUAAAACUAUGGAUUGCAAGGUUGAGAUAUCUAGGUUGCUUGCUUUUUUUUUAGCCUAACUGAACAUUAUGAGGGGUUGGUCAAUUCAGCUUAAGUUUCUAUAUAUUCCACACAGUGGAUAAAGGAUGUAUACUGAUUGAUUUCUCUACAAUCAAGAAACCAUUUGAAUCACGGAGUUGUAUCUCAAAUAUUAACAAAUCAGUAUCUUUUGUUGUCUGUACCUUACUGUUAGCUUACGAACAUACUAUGCGAAAUGUUAGGUCUAUA